GAUUGCAAUUAGGGUUUUAAAAUCGGUUCAGGUGGUGCUCAGCUUUGAGAAUUGAGAAUGAGAUCCUUUCCACUUCCUUCUACCUUCUGACAAUGGGCAACUGCGGUACUAGAGACGAGGCUGCCGUCUUCACUCCUCAAGCUCAAGCCCAACAGCUCCAGAAGAAGCACUCCCGCUCCGUCUCAGAUCUGAGCGAUCCAUCCACUCCUCGCUUCCGGGACGACUCUCGCACUCCUCUUUCGUAUGCCCAAGUCAUCCCCUUCACUUUGUUUGAGCUUGAGACCAUCACCAAGAGCUUCCGCCCAGAUUAUAUACUCGGAGAAGGUGGUUUCGGUACCGUCUACAAGGGUUACAUUGAUGACAAUCUCCGCGUCGGCCUCAAGUCUCUCCCCGUUGCUGUCAAGGUCCUAAACAAGGAGGGACUCCAGGGCCACCGUGAAUGGCUUACAGAGGUCAACUUCCUCGGCCAGCUCCGUCAUCCCAACCUCGUCAAGCUUAUUGGUUACUGCUGCGAGGACGAUCACCGAUUACUUGUUUAUGAGUUCAUGUUGCGAGGCAGUCUUGAAAAUCACCUAUUUCGAAAAACCACAGCUCCUCUAUCUUGGUCUAGAAGGAUGAUGAUUGCUCUUGGAGCUGCCAAAGGCCUUGCUUUCCUCCACAAUGCUGAAAGACCAGUUAUUUAUAGGGAUUUCAAGACUUCCAAUAUACUGCUUGACUCGGACUACACAGCCAAGCUUUCAGAUUUUGGCUUAGCUAAAGCUGGGCCCCAGGGUGACGAAACCCAUGUAUCAACUCGAGUUAUGGGUACUUAUGGCUAUGCUGCCCCAGAAUAUGUGAUGACUGGACACCUGACGGCCAGAAGUGAUGUAUACAGCUUUGGAGUUGUUCUUCUAGAGAUGUUGACAGGGAGAAAAUCAGUGGAUAAGACAAGACCUAGCAAAGAGCAGAACUUGGUUGAUUGGGCUCGGCCGAAGCUGAAUGACAAAAGAAAACUGCUGCAAAUAAUUGACCCAAGACUGGAGAACCAAUACUCUGUCAGGGCAGCUCAGAAGGCAUGCAGCUUGGCGUAUUAUUGUCUUAGCCAGAACCCGAAAGCUAGGCCAUUGAUGAGCGAUGUGGUUGAGACUUUGGAACCUUUGCAGUGUACAGGUGAUGCCCUGAUCCCUGGUGCAACAACUGCAGCUGGAGCUGCAUUUGCUAUGGGAGGGGUGCCUGAUUACAGAAUGCACCGGAGGUUUGCAAAGAACGUUGGGCCAGGAGACGGGACGGGGCUAAAUGCAGAAGAAAUGUGGCCAGUGGAGGUGGGGAUGGAGUACAGAGUAUGGAGGAGAAAGCUGAUGACGCCAUUGGAGCUGUGCUUGGAGUGCAAAUGCUGCUCCUCCACCACUUGUGCCACCAUGCCUUGCUGUUUCGGCAUCAAUUGCCAACUUCCCAACAAGCCAUUUGGCGUUUGCGCCUUUGUUCCUAAGUCAUGCCAUUAUCGCGCAAAGAAUCUGAAAAUGGCGUCAACGGAAGGCCUUAUGCCUAUCACCCGGGCUUUUCUCGCUUCUUACUACGACAAAUAUCCUUUCUCUCCUCUUUCCGACGACGUUUCUCGACUUUCCUCUGACAUCGCUUCUCUUAUUCAGCUUCUCACCGUCCAAUCUCCCCCUUCACAAGGGGAAACUUCCCUGAUUGACGAAGCAAACCGUCAGCCCCCUCACAAAAUUGAUGAGAAUAUGUGGAAAAAUAGGGAGCAGAUGGAGGAGAUACUGUUUCUUCUGUCACCAUCUCGCUGGCCUGUUCAGCUUCGGGAACCUUCCACAUCCGAAGAUGCUGAAUUCGCUUCUAUUUUGCGGACUCUCAAGGACAAUUUUGAUAACGCAUUCACUGCUAUGAUUUCCUUCCAGACGAAGAAUUCCGAGCGCAUAUUCAGCACAGUUAUGACCUACAUGCCUCAAGAUUUUCGGGGGACGCUCAUCAGACAGCAGAAGGAGAGGUCGGAGAGGAACAAACAGGCGGAGGUUGAUGCGUUGGUUAGCUCUGGAGGGAGCAUACGCGACACAUACGCUCUUCUUUGGAAGCAGCAAAUGGAGAGGAGGAGGCAGUUGGCUCAGCUAGGCUCUGCCACUGGUGUCUACAAAACCCUGGUCAAGUACUUGGUAGGGGUUCCACAGGUGUUGUUGGAUUUUAUUCGACAAAUAAAUGAUGACGAUGGGCCAAUGGAAGAACAGCGAGAACGUUACGGACCCCCUCUAUACAGUCUCACAAAAAUGGUGAUGGCAAUUCGCGUUUUCCUAACACUUCUGUGGGCAAGAUAUGAUACCUUCAAACUGAGUAAAGACCAAAUGAAUCUCCUGUCUGAAGCUGCUAUAGUCUACACAUCGGAGUUUGAAAGAUUCGUCACAUUUAUCAGCGAUGUAUUUGCCAAUUCCCCCUUCUUCAUUUCAGCAGAUACAGCUGGCAUAUUGGGCUCAAGGGAUAAUGAGGAGUACAAGGAGAUAAUCGUCCAAGCUGGGAGAACCUAUGAGAUCUCAUUGAUGAUAAGCAUGGAUAUCGGAUUUAGCGUGGAGUACAUAAGUGCUUCAGGGGAAAAGACUUUGAUAUUACCUUACCGUCGGUAUGAAGCUGAUCAGGGCAACUUCUCUACGCUAAUGGCUGGAAAUUACAAACUUGUUUGGGAUAAUUCAUAUUCAACUUUCUUCAAAAAGACUCUUCGAUAUAAAGUGGAUUGCAUACCACCGGUAGUGGAGCCAGAGCCGGAGCCAAGAAACUACGCAAUCACAUUUGUAGCCCUUGUGGUGGCUCUAUGGGGCGUAACAAAAGCACAGCCGAGCGGGUCAUGCGUGAGCACACUGACCAGUGACCACUCUCUCUCCGUGCCUCAGCUACAUCACCGGAAACUCAACCACUCCCUCACAGCCUUGCUGUUCUCAGCUCGACUCUGUCAUCAAAUCUUCACCGCAGUGCAUCUGCUCAGCCGUAAACAGUCCGAUCCCCAACAUCGGCCUUAUCGCCGAAUGCUCGUUCAGGAGUUGGAGGUGGUUCCAAGACCGUUCCCUCCGCUGGUUCCGGCUCGUCCAGCGGGAACUAGAGACGUCUCGCUUAUGAUCAAUCUGACACAGCAAAAUCAGCUACAGAAUCAGACGCUUCAAAAAUCUGAGGGAAUCUUCCGUGCCAAUAUGGAGAGAUCAUCAUCAUCAUCAUCAUCAUCGUCAUGUGAUCAGGUUUGGAAUCUUGGUUUACCUUACCCAACUUUUACAUUGGCCAAUGACGAUAAGCCCUAUCUAAUUACCGUCUCUGAUGAUCACUCUGUUAAGGUCAAAAAUGUUGAUUGGAUCAGCAAACUCCCUGACGAUGUAUUGCUCAUAAUAUUAUCGAGACUUUCCACAGAAGAAGCCAUAAGGACGAGUGUUGUGUCGAAGCGAUGGGAACAUGUGUGGAAUCAAAUGUCUCAUCUCGUCUUCGACAUGCGGAAGAAGAUUAUCAAUUCCAACAACACGCUCGAUGGUUCGAAUCCAGUUGCUACAUUGAUUACUCAGGUUAUAAACAAUCAUCGUGGACAUCUAGAGAGCUGCGUGAUCAUCCAUGUCCCAUAUCAAGGUGGAAAUGGAAUGCUCAAUUCUUGGAUUCGAUUACUGAGUUGCGUGAAACGCACGAAAGUUCUCACACUUAGAUACCAUUAUGGUACUUGGGAUCGAAAGUUCAAAACUUUUAACUUUUCCCCAGACUCCUUGUCCCAUCCAAGUCUUAUGUCACUCUCGCUACAUUCAUACUUUCUCGAAAGCUCACAUCCCUUGAGAAACUGCUCGAAUCUCCGGACCCUCAAACUUUUAUCAAUCGUCGCUCCCGAGAUUGGAGUCUUUAACAGGGUACUCGCAUCUUGCCCUUGUCUUGAGGUGCUUGUACUAGGCAUCUGCUGCUUCAAAAAAAGUAGGGUUCCUUUGAAGAUUGAGAACAAAAAAUUAAAGCUCUUGCAAGUGUCUUCUCUUGAACGCAUUGAUGCCAUUGAAGUUUCAACAACUAGUCUAGACAUUCUCGCCAUCAUAGAUAUCUGCUGUCGGAGAGAUGACCUUUCCCUCCAGUCCCCCCAACUCCAAUUUAAUAGAAACUUUUGGGUUCUAGGGCCUUACGUGCCUCACAUCAGCUACAACAUAUCAGAGGAAAAGAGCAUUGGGAAUGAAGAAUUUGUGAACACCAUAUAUGGUGAGUUGUUGAGACCGUUUGCAAUUUUGUAUGUAGCCUUGUCGGUGAGUGUAGAUUUAAUGAAUCCGACAGAAGUUGAGAGGUUACGACAAGUCUUAGGUUUAUGGACUCGUAAAAUACUGGAGCUCGAGAUUAUAUUUAAGGAUAACAAUGGUCCUAGGGAAGAAAAUGAGUCUUGGCAUAAGAAGUUGUGGGAGGAGAAUAAUAAGAAAGAUCCGUUCCCCAAUGCUAAAUUCCGCGUGGAUACUGUGUGGAUGUAUAACUUCAGCGGCUCAGAGGAAGAGUUUGCCUUGGUGACGUGUUUGAUUAGGCAAGGGACUGUGGUCGAGAAGAUGAUGAUCAAGACGUCAACCUUUCCUGCAAGGAAGAGGUUAAAGAUAGAAGCGGCAGUGGCCAAACUACAGGCACUUCAAACUAAGCUUACCAUCAAAUAUGAGGGUGAGAGGAAGAAUGAAAAGAGUAGCGAAGGAGAGACGAUAGGCGACAAGGACUUUGAGGUUCGUACCAUCAGCGGCCGUUAGCUUCAACAAGAUGAACAUUCCUGCCAAUAUAAACUGAAACGCCACCAUUGCAACUAUACCCUUCAUUUCUCCCCAUAUUUCUCUAAUUCGCCCCACAGUUUCUGUUUA